CUUUUUCAUCUUCGAAUCUGCGGUUGCUUUGGUCUCUGGUUUUGCAUGCAGUCCACCGCCUGUCCUCUGCCUUCCCCUUUCGCUUUCUAACGCGGCGCAUACGCCCACGCACGCCCGCACUUUCUCCCCUUCUUUUUAUCACCAACUUUCACGCACCCGCGAUCAUCAAUCUCUCCUCCAAAAGACGGUAGAACGAGAAGAAGAAGAAGAAGAAGAAGAAGAAACAGAGAAGAAGAGGGUUGCUUCCAUGGGGAUCAAGGGCAUGAUCGAUCUCGAGAAGCACUACUCGUUCUACGGGGCGUACCACCGCCACCGGGUGAACGUCCUGAUGCACACCCUCUUCGUGUGGCCGCUCUUCUUCUCCUUCCUCGUCCUCUUUUACUUCACCCCUCCCAUCUUCAGCCUCUUCCUCAGCCUCCUCCCCGAGAACUUGUUGACCAGCCACGGCCUGGUCCUCAACUUCGGCUUCCUCCUCGCCCUCAUCUACGCCGUCACCUACGUGUGCCUGGACUGGAAAGCCGGGUCUCUGGCCGCUCUGCUCUGCUUCGCCUUUUGGGUCGGAGCCAGCCUGCUCGCGCAGCAGCUCGGCUUCUCUCUGGCAUGGAAGUUCUUUCUGGCAUCCCAAGUGAUAUGCUGGGCCGGUCAGUCCAUAGGCCACGGAGUGUUUGAGAAACGGGCCCCCUCGAGCAACAUGGCGCAAGCAUUCGUGAUGGCUCCUUACUUCGUCCUGCUCGAGGUUCUGCAGACGAUCUGUGGGUACGAGCCGUAUCCGGGGUUCAACCGAAGCGUGGAGCUGAAGAUAGAGGCCGAGAUGAAGCAGUGGCAGAGCAAGGCACCAAGCAAGAAGGACGCUUAGCCGACAAGGAUCAGAUCGGCUCCUCCGUCGGAGCUCGAGUCAACGCUAGUCCUUUAAAGAUCGUGUUUUUAAUAAGGUUUGGUUUGUAUUGAGCAGAGGUUGACUGAGAGUCUUUUUGUCUUUUGAUUAAAGAUGAGAUGGAGUAGUUGAAUCGGCACGUCAAGCCUCAUUUCUGGAAUUACGCCAUCCCAUGACUUUUCUAUCGUUUCAUCGUUAGGUUGUGACGCAGCAAACAGAGUAAAUGCUAUAAAUAUAUCGACUGUUGUGUAUGGUCUUUGCUUUCCGACA